AUGACAGAGGUCGAAAACGCCGUUGUGCCUGCGUUCCAAAGACUCUCAGAUUUAGUCGACAAUCAACCGGAAAACUAUGCCAGGGGUAGUCAGGAUAUUCAGUUGGCAGCUCUUGCGGCAACCCAGUACUUGUUCGACCUUUCAUUGAAAUGCGAAAAUGCGUCUGUACCACACAUUAACAAUCUUCUCCAAGCUCUCAGUCCAUCCGAGGCACCUCAAACGCGAUCACAGAGUAGGAAGCGAAAACGCAGCCCUAGCCCUCCACGAAACGUGCCUACAUUCGAAACGACUCCUUUGACGUCUUUGUUUACGGAUGGCAUGGAUGAGGAACAAAUAUGGGCCCAGUUGGAUCUCAGAGCAAGCAGGGUUAGCACGCUCCUUGAACAGGCUAUCCAACCAAUCCAAGAUUCAGAGGAUUGCGAUGAAGACAAGGACGAGACAUUGCAAAAGGUUUUCGGGGCCCUCGAAAAUGGUGAGGACGUUGGAGACAUCGAUUUUGAUGACCUUGACCAGGAUCUGGGAGAGUCUGAUGGAGGAGGCCUUAGUAAAAGCAGUUCUGAGGAAGAGGAGGAGAGCUCGGAAGACGAGCCACAUGAAGAGGGUGUCAUGACGCUGAAGGACCCUUCCUCUGAGGAGGAUUUUUCCACGGAUAACUUCUCCGACUCUCAGCAAUCACCUCGAAAGAGAAGGGCGAAGAAGAGUCAAAACAAACCGAGACAUGUGCAUUCAGAACUCGAUGACAAUUUUUUCAAUCUCAAAUCCUUCAAUUCCCAGACUGAAUGUUCUGAAGCACUCUCAGUAUCCCGUGGAAAUCUUAAUGCGGACGAGGAGAGCUCAGACGAAGAGUUUGUGGACCUGUUUGCUCCCGUUGAUGUCGAAAACUUUGAUGAAGAAGACCUUGAAGACAGUGCCGAGCCCUUCUACAAAGACUUCUUCGCUCCUCCUCGAUCUGGUUCUUCUAAACGUGAGAAGGGUGAGACUCGCAGAGGUGGUGUACGUUUCCAUGAUGAGGUUAGGGUGAAGAAAAUCAAAGCAAAGGGAAAAAACCUACCGUUGUCACACUUGUUCGACGACGACGGGGAUGUCGAUGGUGAGGACGACGAUGAGGACGAAGAGGGACUGUUGGAAGCGUUGAACGGUGACAAACAUAAAGACGAAGACGUUUCAGACGACAGUGACGGCGAUGAGGAUAAUGAACACAUGGACACGGAAGACAGCGCAUCUGAGCACAGUGGCGGGGAUGCUAUUGAUCGACUGAAGGAUGAUUUAUUCGCUGAAGAAGAUGAAGAACCCGAGCAAGAUCAAUCCAUGCACGAAAAGCGCAUGGCUGAGUUGAAAGAGCAGAUUAUGGUGCUGGAGGAAGAGAAUGUCGGCAGAAAGGACUGGGUACUUAUGGGCGAAGCUCAUUCACGGUCUCGUCCUCAAAAUUCGCUACUGGAAGAGGACCUGGAGUUCGAACGCGUCAUGAAGGCAGUGCCUGUUAUUACCGAAGAGGUGGUGCAGGAACUUGAAGAGAGGAUCAAGGCUCGAAUCAUGGACAACAACUUUGACGAUGUUGUGAGGAUACGACCUUUAGAGGAUAAGCCCUUUCUGCCAUCAAGAUUCUUCGAGCUCAAGGACACAAAAUCAGCUGAGUCGCUUGCACAAAUUUACGAAAAUGAUUUUCUCGCAGCACAAACUGGAGCUCCUGUGGAUGAUCGUGACGGUAAGCUGAAGAAGGAGCACGACGAUAUUGAACAGUUAUGGAAUAGUAUUUGUGGAAAGCUGGAUGCACUCUGUAAUGCCCACUUUACUCCCAAACAAGCCAAAGUUACGAUAUCCUCCAUAUCAAAUGUGGCAACCACGUCUUUGGAAUCUACUCUGCCUACUACCGAAUCUACAGCAACGAUGCUUGCGCCCGAAGAAGUAUUCGCACCGUCCUCGUCUGAUCUUCGUUCUCGAAGUGAAAUGACUCCCCAUGAAAAGCAAGCACUAAGAAUGAAAGAACGGAAAGCCAGGAAAAAGAGAAGAGACCAAUUGGACAUUGCUAUGGACAAAUAUGCCAGAACCAGGGGCAGCGUGAAGUCACAAAAGAAGGAUGCGUUAGAGACGGUUGUAAAGAGCGGCAAAGGUGUUACUGUGGUUGGGAAGCAGAGGAAAGAUAUCCUCCAAGGGAAGAAAUCCAAGUUGAAAUGA